AUGGGCUGGCCUUGGAGGUUUGUAGACCUCGACGAGGAGGCCAGGGCGCUUCGGCGCGAAACCUUGGAUCGGUAUGCCGCAUACUCGCAGCUGUCGGUCCUGAUCCCCGUCCUCGGUUUCGUCGGCUUCCAGCUUGCCCGACGGGCCUACCACCACAUUUCCGCCAAAAGUCCCGGUGGCGACGCCGCCUACUCCAGCCUGCCGGAGGCCCCAGGCUCGCCGUCGCAGAAAUCACGCCGGCGGAGUCCCGCAGGGGUGCUCGGGAUUCGACUCGAAGCGCUGAAGUGGUGGCUGGGCGAUGAGGUCUUCAUCCUGGGCAAGUACCGCGGCGAGCGCGAAGUCUGGGUCUUUGGUGGGCUGUGGACUGCCUGGCUGCUGCUGCUCUGCGUGCUCGGCACGGACGGCGACUACCUGCACCUCACGAAGCGGUUCGGCGUUGUCGCCGCUGCCCAGUUCCCCAUUCAGUAUCUCUUGGCUCUCAAGUUCCUUAACCCAUUCGCCUUUGCGUUUCGCGUCUCGCACGAGCAGGUCAACCGAUGGCAUAGACUUCAGGGCCGCGUGGUCUACAUUCUGUUGCUGCUGCACGUUAUCUGCUACGUCAACUACUUCAUCCAGGUUGGCAUCCUGGUGCGCAGGCUCUUUGCGCCCGUCGUCUUUGCCGGAGUUGUUUCGUGGAUCGGCAUCAACCUCAUGACCGCGACGGCCAUAGAUUUGGUUCGAAACUUUUCGUACCGCCUCUUCUUCAUCGUGCACCUGCUCGUCUCCUUUGCGCUACCGCCGCUGCUCUUUUACCACGCCAAACCAGCACGGUUGUCCAUGGUGGCCGCAUUGGCGUUUAUCAUACUGGACAUUGUCGUCCGUAGACUGAAGACUAUUACUACCAAGGCAGCAUUCGAGCACAUUCCAGGAACCAAUCUCAUCAAAGUCUCAGCACCUCUGCCGCAACGGAGCCAUGCGGACGAGUUUACUAACCAUCCUGGUUCUCACGUCUACAUUUCCAUACCGUCAGCCGCCCGGUCAGACGCCGGUACUACGUCGUCCUCAUGGAUCUACGAUUUUUGCUUGAACCCAUUCACAGUUGCCGACGUUGACGAGACCACAGGCAAUUUGACUAUUGUCGCACGGCACAGAGGCGGUCCAAUGACCGCAGCGCUGUCACACUUCGCCAAGGGCAGCCUGAGUAUGCCGCCGACACCCACCACGCCGAACCUGGACGCCGCCAGCAGAAGCGCUAGCUACAGAAUUCCCCUGAGCAUCGAGGGUCCCUACGGCGCAGCAAAACACUUCCCAAACCUGGCCGGUCCGACCUUUGACCGCGUGCUCAUGGUGACAGGCGGCGUGGGUGCGACGUUCCUCAUCCCUCUCUACCGGGCCAUGCUGCACGACAGCCCAAACGCCAAGGUUGAGCUGGUGUGGGCGGUGCGCAGUCCUGACGAGGCUUCGUGGGCCGUGCAGGAGGGCGCCGACAGUGGCAGCGACAACAUCCUGACCGACGAGAGGGUACACCUCUUCAUGACGGGCGACGUCAUCGCCGACGACCCUGGGAUCACUCCGGCUGGGGGAUCAAGCCUCGCACCGUCCGGCAGCAGCAGCGGCGAUAGGGUGGCGUCGGAGACCGGCGUGGAGAUGAAUGCGCUUUACCGGGACGGCAGGCGCGGGGGUAGGUUCUCUGCGAUGAACAACCGGCGGCGACCCGACCUGCGCAAGAUUGUGGACGACGUCUUUAAGCACGGUAGCGAGGAGAAAGUGGCCGUUUUGGUGUGCGGGCCCGAGGAGAUGGCGAGGGAGCUGAGGGGCUAUGUGGGCGCCUGGGUGCAGCGAGGCAGGUCAGUCUGGUGGCACAACGAAGGCUUUGGGUGGUAA